AUGACGUCGAGGUCAUCCGUGAACAACAAUGCCCCGAACGCAGGCUUUGCGCUCGUCCGCCAAAACCCGUAUCUCCUCGGGGUUGCUUCGUUCUCAACUCUGGGUGGCUUGCUCUUCGGGUACGAUCAGGGCGUCGUAUCGGGCGUGAUAACCAUGGAAUCAUUCGCUGCGCGAUUCCCUCGGGUUUACACGGAUACUAAAUUCAAGGGGUGGUUUGUGUCGACUCUUCUGCUGGCUGCAUGGUUUGGGUCGUUGAUCAAUGGCCCGAUUGCGGACCGGUUGGGGCGGAAGUUGUCGAUCAAUGUGGCCGUGGUGGUUUUUGUCGUAGGGUCGGCGAUUCAAUGCGCUGCUGUGAAUAUCCCUAUGCUUUUUGUCGGUCGGGCCAUAGCAGGUUUAGCUGUCGGCCAAUUGACCAUGGUCGUACCACUGUACAUAUCCGAGGUGUCUAUCCCCGAUAUUCGAGUAUCUAUAACGAUCGGCAUCCUCGUAAGUUACUGGAUUGACUACGGCACAAACUACAUCGGAGGCACGCGCUGCGCUCCAGACAUUCCUUACAGCGGCGGCCAGGACAAGGCGUCAAACACAUUCGACCCCUACCACGAUGUUCCUCCCGGAGGCUGCGACGGCCAAUCCGAAGCCUCGUGGAGACUCCCUCUUGCCAUCCAGAUCCUCCCUGCUAUCAUCCUCGGCCUAGGCAUAACCUUCUUCCCCGACUCGCCCCGUUGGCUACUGAUGAAUGAACGGGACGAGGAUGCUCUUGACGCGCUCUCCAAACUCCGGAGACGGGUCAAGGACAGCCCGGCUCUGGUCAACGAGUACCUCGAAGUCAAGGCUUCGAUUAUGUUGGAGAAUACGUUUGCGAGGGAACGUUUUCCAGGCCUGUCGGGAGCAAAGCUGGAUGCUGCUCAGUAUAUGUCCUUCUUGACUACAUGGGCCCGCUUCAAGCGAUUGGCGAUCGGAUGCUGCGUCAUGUUCUUUCAGCAAUUUAUGGGCUGUAAUGCAAUAAUAUACUACGCACCCACAAUCUUCGCACAACUGGGUCUUGACGGCAACACCACCUCCCUCCUCGCCACCGGCGUCUACGGCAUCGUCAACUGCCUGAGCACCCUCCCGGCGCUCUUCCUAAUCGACAAGAUCGGUCGUCGCGUCCUCCUCAUGUCCGGUGCUCUCGGCACCUGCGUCUCACUCGUGAUCGUGGGCGCCAUUAUCGGCACCAUCAUUGGCCUGAUUACCCCGGACAUGCUCGAUUCGAUCACAUGGGGCACGUAUAUCUUCUUUGCGGCAUUUUGUCUCAUCGCGUUGGGGUUCACGUUCUUUUGUAUUCCGGAGACGAGAGGAAAGACCCUCGAAGAUAUGGACCUUAUUUUCGGAGAUACCGCAGCCCACGAGGAGAAAUUGCGCAUUGUUCAAAUCGAGGCUGAGCUCCGCGGAACUCAGGCACAGACCGAUGAUAUAGAUACCCUGUCGAAACCAUUCGCGCAGGAGGAAGAACACGCGCUCUGA